AUGGCCCAGCUCCAGGAAAACAUCAAUGGCAUCGUUGCUGCUUUCUACAUGUGUGCCAGAAGCGACGGCAACUGCAGCCCCCUGAGCAGGGAGGAGCUGAGGCAGCUCAUCCAGCAGGAGUUCGCAGACGCGAUGGAGAACCCCCAGGACCCCAAAACCAUCAAGAAGGUGCUGUGCUUCCUGGAUGAUGACAGCAACUGCAGGGUUGACUUCAGCGAGUUGCUCAGCCUGGUUUUCCACGUGGCCAAGGCUUGUUACAAGCCGCUCCAGCAGCACCAGGCGCCAGAAGAUGGUCAAGAGCCAACAGAGCAAAAGAAGGCAGGCGGGGAGCAGCUGCCGGGGCCGUGCACAGCAGGGAGGAACUCAAGCAACCAGCAGGUCCCCGAGCAGGGUAUGAAAAACCAGGUCCAGGACACUAAGACACAGGACCCAGACAACCAUCAAAUCCAGGAGAGUGAGACACCAGAGCAGGACCGGGACACCCGUCAAACCCAGGAGGGUGAGACACCAAAGCAGGAGCCAGACAACCGUCAAACCCAGGAGGGUGACACAAAGGAUCAGGACCAGGACACCCGUCAAACCCAGGAGCGUGAGGCACCAAAGCAGGAGCCAGACAACCAUCAAACCCAGGAGGGUGACACAAAGGAGCAGGACCAGGACACCCGUCAAACCCAGGAGGGUGAGACACCAGAGCAGGACCAGGACACCCAUCAGGACGAUGGGACUGAAGCACCAGAAGAGGGUCCAGAGAGAGGUGAGAUUCUGGACACUGCAACCCCAGAGCAGGACAGAAAUACCCAUAAGGCUGAAGAGACUGAGACACCAAAACAGGAUCCAAAACCCCACAAGGCCAAAGAAACUGAGGCACCAGGACAAGAUUCAAACCACUAUCAGAAUCCAGAGACAGAGUCAGCAGAGCAGGACCUGAAUUGUCCCUCUGAGACACAAGGAAGAGAUCCAAACAACAAGACCCAGGUCUGCGAGGCCCCUCAGCAAGACCCCAACCCCAGCAAGACUCGGAAGGUGCUGCCCCCACAGCGGGGUGCAAGCCCCCGUCGGGAUUCCAAGCCCCAGGGAAUGUGCCAUGACCUGGCUUUCCAUCAGCUCCCUGAAUCCAAGGUGCUGGAGCAGGAGCACAGCAAGGCAGAGGCUCCAUCUUGUCCAGCACAACAGCAACAAGAUGUUCAUCGCCAAACACAAGCCUCUAUAGAGCAACAGCUCCUGCAGUCUCUGUAUCAAUGGCCACUACAGCAGUAA